UCAUACAUAGAAAAACACAGUCACACACACACAUUAAUUUCCACAAAAUGUCGCUCAACUCACAAUUAACAUUUAACAUUGCCUUGAACAAAUUAGACCCAGAUCUUGAUUCCGCGUCUCGACAACGUUUCGGGUCGUUACGUCAAGGGAAGAGGUCACAUGGAGUUGUAGUACGAUGUGGUUUGAAGAAAAUGGAUGAUAAGGUUAUAAGUAAUAUUGGUGUUUUGUUUCAGCCGUUUGAAGAAGUUAAGAAAGACGAGUUUCUUGUUCCGGUCUCUCCUCUAAAAUCGCUUGCUCGUCAAAAAUAUGUUGAUGAAUGUGAAGCUGCUAUCAAUGAGCAGAUCAACGUGGAAUACAACGUCUGUUACAUGUACCAUGCGAUGUAUGCAUACUUUGAUCGCGAUAAUGUAGCUCUGAAAGGCCUUGCCAAAUUUUUCAAGGAAUCAAGUGAUGAAGAAAGAGAGCAUGCAGAGAAGCUAAUGCAAUAUCAGAAUACACGAGGAGGAAGAGUGAAGUUGCACACCAUAGUUGCGCCACCGCCAGAGUUUGAGAAUGCUGAGAAAGGCGAUGCUUUAUAUGCAAUGGAGCUAGCAUUGUCGCUAGAGAAACUUGUCAACGAAAAACUUCUUUCUCUACAUGAGGUGGCUGCUAGAAACAAUGAUCCGCAAAUGGCAGACUUCAUUGAGAGCGAAUUUUUGGCUGAGCAGGUUGAAGCGAUAAAGAAAAUUUCGGACUAUGUCUCUCAGUUGAGAAGAGUUGGGAAAGGCCACGGAGUUUGGCAUUUUGAUCAGAUGCUUCUUGAUGGUGAUACUGCUGCUGCUUUAUAAAGAAUCUGUUGUACGCUUUCAAUGUUUUUUUUAGCAUAAUAACGCGUACUUUGCUAUGAUUAGACCAUGCUAUUUCGUGUAGUAAUCACUUAGAACUAGAUUUGUAGUAGCCUUUGCUGGUAUGUAACAUGAAUAAGGAACCUUUAUGCCUUGAAAUAGGAAUCUUCAAGUUCGUAUCGUGUUAAUUUUAA